UGCAAAUCGUCAACGGUAAUAAUAAUAGCAACCUCCCCUCCCCACCUCCAUCUCCCUCCUCCUCCUCCUCCUCCUCCUCCUCCUCCUCCUCCUCCUCUACUCUUCUGCUGCUCCUUUUCCUCCUCCUCCUCCUCCUCCUCCUCCUCUACUCUUCUGCUGCUCCUUUUCCUCCUCCUCCUCCUCUACUCUUCUGCUGCUCCUUUUCCUGUGAUCCUCGCGUGGGCUUUGACGAUCGCGAUGGCGAUGGCUAUGGCAGCUGCGACGGAGACAGACGGUGGAGAGACUACCACUGAAGGAGCUGCUGUGUGGGGAGGGUGGGUAGACGAUCUGGACAAGGAGAGUUGUACUGGGGGAGGGGGAGGGGGAGGGGUAGGAGAGGUGGGAAGAGGAGUUAGUAGUAAAGCCACUACGAAAGGAGGCAAGCUGUUGGAGCUCGCGAACUUAACCACUGAUUGCGCUCCCCGUCCUCCUCGGUUGCCUCUUCGGAUUUUCAUUGGCUACGACUCCCGCGAAGAUAUCGCCUUCCAGGUGUGCCGACAUUCUAUCUUGAAGCACUCGUCCGUUCCUGCGGAGAUCGUGGCCAUCAAACAAGAUCUCUUGAGGAAAUCUCAGCUGUACGAUCGAGAUCGGGCACCUGACGAGAGCACCGAGUUCAGCUUCACCAGAUUCCUUACUCCUUAUCUUGCUGGCUACCGAGGGUGGGCCAUCUUCGUAGACUGCGACUUUCUCUUCACUGCAGAUGUCAAAGAACUUGAGGACAUGAUGGACGACAAGUAUGCCGUUAUGUGUGUGCAACACAACUAUGUCCCCACCACAGCCACCAAAAUGGACGGUCGGAUCCAGACCGUGUACCCUCGAAAGAACUGGAGCAGCAUGGUCCUUUACAACUGCUCGCAUCCUAAAAAUAGAAUCUUGACCCCUGACGUCGUCAACAGUCAAUCCGGUGCGUUCCUUCACAGAUUCCUGUGGCUAGACGACAAAGAGAUUGGUUCCAUUCCAUGGACCUGGAACUGGUUGGUCGGACAUAACGAGAAGCCAAGCAAUGGGCUCCCUCCCAAAGCGAUUCAUUACACUCUGGGAGGUCCGUGGUUCGACGCCUACAAGAACUGCGACUACGCAGAGUUGUGGCUGAAGGAGAGGGAGGAGCACAGAUUUACAGAGAGAUUGCACAAAGUGAUUCAGCAUGAUCUGCUCAACAUUGUAGAGGAUAAGAUGAACGACAAGCUGGACGAGAUUUGCGCGCGAUUCAAUGAACUGCUAGAGGCACACAGAGAGACGUCAGCUCUUCAGAGGCUCAUGUUGCUCUAUCUUCAAGAUAAGACGGGAGGACCAAUCAUCAGGAAGGACGCAUGACAUAGAGACAGCUGGAAGAAGCACGCCAAGGGAUCGACAAAGGAACGUUAUAAACAUGUACGCUCUCGUGCGCGCGCCCGCACAUAAACACCACACACACCCACACACACACACACACACACACACACACACACACACACACACACACACACACACACACAACACCACAGACAGAGAGACAUACCCCUUGCAGCAUUUUCUCCCCCUCCCUCCGUCUCUCUCUCUCCCUCACACACAGACAGCAAUCACCACGAAGGAAGCAUGAAAAGCUGCACAAGUAAUGCUUAGGAUCGGCAGCUGAACGCAGAAACAUACCACUAAAACGCGCGCACGCGCACUCACACACUGUGACACACAUACACAGAAACUCCUUUGCAUUGAUUCACUAUCCACACACACACACGCACACACACUGUCACACACACACACGCACACACACGCACACACACGCACACAUAUGGCGCAGAGGUUCAAUCGAAGCCACUGUACUUAGUCGAAUAGAACGCGGAGUAAUCAUAGCUCUAUCCAGGGCUAUCCCUAGGCCAGAGAUAGAUACGACGAGUCCGCUUCCUGCUACCUUUUUGUUUAUCUAUGAUUACGAGCAGCCUACCGCCCCACAGUCUCACAUCUGCUGCUUGUUUGCUGCGACAUCCUCCACGGGUGCACGGUGCCACCUGCUGGUUACGGGCCCCAGUGUCCCAUGGAUGUACAUCAGUGACCAUUGAUCAAGAUGGUGAGAACGGCUGACCAUGACCCUGAUGACCCCCGGGUCGACUGGGGGGAUGGAUGAAGCCAGAGGGCCAUGGCAUUGUGACCACGAUCAGAGCACUAUAUAUGCCUCCCACACAGUGGUCUUGUUCCCGAGCGCGGUGAUCCGUGGACACAGUCUCACAGAUGAAGACAAACACAUACUCAAACGACCAAGGCGGUCGUAAAUGUCGGAAUCUGGGAAGAGCCAUGCACGUACGCAUAAUCAUCGCACAUGCAGACACUGUGAACAAUGUGAAGAAGACAAGAGCUGGGCAACAUACAGAUGAUGAUGCAUCGUCACUGAGACCGCUCCUUUGCAUUGGGUGGGGCUGAUGUGAUAGACGACGUGUAUAUUCCAGAUUUUUUUUGUUUUUGUUUUUUUGGUAUUCCAGUAAUUCUACAGUUGGACAAUGUGGAUAAGAACGGAAGUGCAUUUCAUAAGUCUGAGGUGGCGUGCUGGGUGAACGUAGAGGCUGGGGAGCGGCAGAGAACACUGAGUCUCAUGAAAAAAAUAGUGUAAUCCGGAUUCCGGAGUAUAUAUUAAUUACAUUUCACGGAAAAGAUUACAUCGUUAUGUCGCGCAGUAAACACUCUAGAGUCUA